AUGUCUACCAACAACAACAGCCUUCAAGUUUCCUUGCUACAUGACUCUGAUGAUGAAAGCGCAAAUUUAAAUAACAAUAAUAGACACAGUAUCAAUAGCAUUCAAGAUGAUAAUUUGCCAUCAAACACUCGUGUAAUUGUAGAGACUCCAACAUUCUUCACACGUUCCUAUCGAUUUUUGAAGCAAACCGUUCUUCCUCAAGAUAUUGGAGAAGAUGAUGCUAUCCAACUAUCACUGAUUCAAAAGUUUUUGAAGUACCGAGUCUUUCCAACUAAAAUGAUUAUUGACAUUCUUCAAGUGAUUUUAGUAAUGUUAUUUGUUGCUUUCUAUGUUUCCGAGUUCAAGAAUUACAAAACGGAUAUUUCAACCUCAUUCGCAAAUUUCUUCAUGCCAGCUGGAUUUGAAGGAAUUAAGGAAAAUGACGAUGGUUUUUAUACAAGUUAUAUUUACAAUGUUGAUGAUUUACAAAAGAGCAUCCAAUCGAUCGUGUUGAAAUACUAUUCCAUUCAAGAUAAUUCUGUGAGCGUGGUUAUUCCCACAGGGCAAGAUAUUGUUAAAUUGCAUGUACAAAUGCUCAAGGAAAACCCCCGUCAACUCUUGUCCAAUGAAACAGUGUACGACUCAGACCCUUCCAUAGUAGACUGGAGAUUUAUAGCAAGGAGUGACAUUUCUUCAGUUCUUUUUUCUGACUCUGUUUCAGUUUAUGAAAAUUUAACACAGGAUGAUCCAUUAGGAACGUUGUUUAAUGUAACAGGAGACGAGUUGAAAUAUGUUGUGGAUAGAAUCCAGUAUAUAGAACUAUUUUUCAAGAUAAUUACUCUUGAUACAAGCUUGCCAGGUUAUCCAAGUUGUUACAAAUGGACUGUUCAGUUCUUUUACAAAUUUAUUGGAGGUGGGAGAGUAGAUUUGCAAUUGAACAGAAAUUAUGAAAAUUGUGUUGCAAAUGAUUCUGAUUUUUACACUUCAAUUUUUAAGCGACCCAGAGGCUAUGUGGGCCUCUUUCUAUGCUUGGUAUCUGCUCUUUCCUUGGGGUUCUAUUCCAAAUCUUUAAUAACCAGAGUACGAGUGUUCUACAAACGUAGAAAAACGAACAAGAUGCUUAGAUUUGCGACGUUAUUGUCUGAAUAUUUGGGAUUUUCUCUUUUCGUAGCGUUUCUCAAGGACACCCUACUAAUUCUUGGCUUUCUUGCCAUGAUCAUCAAAACAGUCACAAAUGAAACGAUGGACGUUUUUUCCCAGACAUGUCUUGGAGUUGGAUCAUUCUGUUCACUUAUUAACUUGACCAAGUAUUUUAACUAUCAAGCCAAGUUCUAUUUAGUCGCAAGAGCCUUUACCAAAUCAAUUCCAACUGUUCUGAGAUAUGUUGGAAGUAUUUCUCCAAUAUUUGCAGGCUUUGUUUGUUGUGGCGUUAUGUGGUUCGGUUUUUACUCUAAUUACUUUAAAGAUGUUGAUGGAACCAUGGUCACAUUAUAUAGUGCAAUGCAUGGUGACAAUUUGAGAAUUGUUUUCGAAAAGAUAUUUGCAUUUAGUUUAUUCCACAAAGUGCUAGGAAGAAUGUACACCUUAAUUUUCUUAUUAUUAUUUAUUUGCGCUAUUGUAAAUAUUUUCUUAUCUAUUGUACAGGAAUCGUAUUCAAAUGUGUUAAUGAAAAUUACAGAAGCAGGAGGUGAAAAUGAAGCAGUGACAAUUAUCAAACAAAAGGAAGCAAAAUUGGAUAAUCUCACAAGCCAGACCUAUCUCAAUCUCAAGAACAUGUCUGACAAAUCAGAAAAAGGACAGAGCGGCGAUGACGAUGAUGAUGACGAAGCAGACAAUGAUAGCAAUUUAUUGCCUGUCAACCUUCUUUUCUCUCCUCGGCCAGCAACUUCAACCGUGUCCUCAGAUGACAAGGGCGAAACGCUAUUUAUCAACUCUCUCAAAAAAGCAAUCUAUGUCAAGCUCGAGCAUGAAUAUUUGGGUCACAUUCCCACCAAACAAUUGGACAACUUGAAAGAUCUUAUCAAUCAAUCCAACGUCUUGAUUUCUAAGUUUGCAAAAUAG